GCCGCGGACGUCCAAGGUAGCUGACAGGGCCGCAGCGGCUCGCCCCUCCCUUUCUCGGAACGUGGUUGGGCAGCUGCAGCUAGCCCACGCCGCGGUGAGAAGAGGGCUGGGGGCGGGAGAUGCCGGCGUUGUGCUCGCUGCUCGGCCCUCUGCGAGCACCGGCAGCCGUCUCCUCGCAGCCCGGGCUGCAGACCUAGCAGGCUCAAGCAGGACCACAGGUUAGAAGGGACUUCUGGUUCCAGUGUGACUCCUUCAUCUACCCGUGAGAACGUCCGAAGUUUCUAGAGGCUCAGUGCAAGUCGGUCCUUUGUAGACACUGAGCCUGCUCUUCUUGGCCACUAGAUGGAGGUGGACUGUGGAUGCCCGGAUAGAACCACAGGGCAUGACUGCAGCUGUAACGUUUGUGGACACUGAAAAGCAGAAUGAGAUCUAGUUGGAGGUGAAAGGAGAGAGAAAAUGGAUUCUCAGUUUUCAGAAGAGAACUCAACCUUUGCCAUUAAUGAGACUCUGUCUGCAACAGCAGCUCAUGGAUUCAAUUCCACCAACGACCCACCUUCGAUGUCAAUCACAAGGCUUUUCCCAGCCUUGCUGGAAUGCUUUGGCAUAGUCCUUUGUGGCUACAUAGCAGGGAGGGCCAAUGUCAUCACAUCGACACAGGCCAAAGGCCUGGGAAAUUUCGUCUCCAGAUUUGCCCUGCCAGCUUUACUGUUCAAAAAUAUGGUUGUACUUAAUUUUUCCAAUGUGGAUUGGGCUUUCCUCUAUAGUAUCUUAAUUGGCAAAGCCUCUGUGUUUUUCAUCGUAUGCAUAUUGACCUUAUUGGUUGCCAGUCCCGAGAGCCGGUUUAGCAAAGCUGGACUGUUCCCUAUUUUUGCUACACAAAGUAAUGACUUUGCAUUGGGAUACCCUAUAGUUGAAGCUCUGUAUCAAACUACAUACCCAGAAUAUCUCCAGUACAUUUAUUUGGUGGCACCAAUAUCUCUUAUGAUGUUAAACCCCAUAGGGUUUAUCUUCUGUGAAAUCCAGAAGUCAAAAGACACUCAGAAUGCUUCUCAAAAUAAAGUAAAAAUUGUGGGACUAGGAUUUCUACGCGUGUUACAGAACCCGAUCGUAUUUAUGGUCUUUGUCGGCAUUGCCUUCAAUUUUAUUCUUGAUAAAAAGAUCCCUGUAUAUAUGGAGAACUUUCUCGAUGGACUUGCCAAUUCCUUCUCUGGAUCGGCCCUGUUCUACCUUGGUCUGACAAUGGUGGGGAAGAUAAAGCGGCUGAAGAAGUCGGCGUUUGUGGUGCUUACCGUUCUCAUCACAGCCAAACUCCUGGUGCUGCCCCUUCUGUGCAGAGAGAUGGUGGAACUCCUGGACAAGGGAGACAGUGUAGUGAACCAUACGAGUUUGUCGAAUUACGCCUUUCUCUAUGGCGUCUUCCCCGUAGCCCCAGGCGUGGCUAUCUUUGCAACCCAGUUCAACAUGGAAGUAGAGAUUAUAACCUCAGGAAUGGUAAUAAGUACAUUUGUGUCUGCUCCAAUCAUGUAUGUUUCUGCCUGGCUAUUGACCUUUCCCACCAUGGAUGCUAAGCCGCUGGCAUAUGCCAUUCAGAAUGUUAGCUUUGAUAUAAGUAUUAUCAGCCUGGUCUCCCUGAUCUGGUCCCUGGCUAUUCUUCUCUUGAGUAAGAAAUACAAGCAGCUUCCACAUAUGCUCACCACCAAUUUACUCAUUGCUCAGUCUAUUGUUUGUGCUGGAAUGAUGAUAUGGAAUUUUGUUAAAGAAAAAAAUUUUGUUGGACAAAUUUUGGUGUUUGUUCUAUUGUACAGCUCCCUGUACAGCACCUAUUUGUGGACAGGCCUUCUAGCGGUUUCUUUGUUUCUUUUAAAAAAGCGGGAGAGCAUGCAGAUCCCUGUGGGACUCAUCAUAAUAUCCGGCUGGGGAAUCCCUGCCCUCCUUGUUGGUGUGCUUCUGAUAACUGGGAAACACAAUGGAGACAGCAUUGACUCCGCCUUCUUUUAUGGAAAAGAGCAGAUGAUCACCACAGCGGUCACCCUGUUCUGCAGCAUUCUGAUAGCUGGAGUGUCACUCAUGUGCAUGAACCGUACCACCCAAGCUGGUCACUAUGAAGGUUUCGGCCAAUCUCAGGACCACAAGCCAGCAGAGCCUGGAAGCACUGCGUUUGAGGAGAGCCCAGCACCAACAAAUGAGCCAGAACUCUUCCCAGCCUCUAUCCCAGAAACAAGUUGCUGCUCUUGCUCCUUGGGAAAUGGAGACUUACGCUGUCCAUCAAUAGAGCCAGUAACAGACACAAGUGCCAGUGGACCUGUGCCUUCUUCCUUUGAGAAAACGGACCACUGUGUGAGUCGCUGUGACUCCCAGAGCUGCAUCCUAGCCCAGGAGGAGGAGCAGUACCUGCAGACUGGAGACCCACAACUGACUCGCCACGUCCUGUUGUGUUUGCUUCUCAUCAUUGGCCUGUUUGCUAAUCUCUCCAGCUGUUUGUGGUGGCUGUUCAACCACGAGACGGGGCGGCUCUAUGUUGAACUGCAGUUUUUCUGUGCCGUGUUUAACUUUGGCCAGGGAUUUAUUUCCUUCGGAAUCUUUGGGUUGGAUAAACAUUUAAUCAUCCUACCUUUCAAAAGAAGGCUUGAAUUCCUGUGGACCAAUAAGGAAGCAGCAGAAAACAGAGAGUCCCCUGUUUCUGAAGAAAUCAAAAUGACCUGUCAGCAGUUCGUCCAUUACCACCGUGACCUGUGCAUCCGAAACAUCGUCAGAGAGAGAAGGUGUGGUGCAAAGUCCUCUGCCGGGACCUUCUGUGGCUGUGACCUGGUGAACUGGCUAAUUGAAGUGGGCCUUGCCUCUGACCGCGGUGAGGCUGUGAUCUACGGAGACAGACUGGUGCAGGGGGGAGUUAUCCAACACAUCACCAAUGAAUACGAGUUCCGCGAUGAGUAUUUGUUUUACAGAUUUCUUCAGAAGAGUCCUGAACAGAGUCCUCCUGCUGUGACCGUAAGCACCCCCCAACAGGAAAGCUAUAAAGAAAUCGGCCACUCGUCUCCAGCCUCACUUUCCCCUAAGACUUAAAUUACAAAGGCGAGAUCCCCACUUGGACUCGCACCCUCUGGUCUCACGUCUGGGACUUUUAGCUGUGGGAUCUGGGACAGGUUACCUUUCUGAGCCUCUGUCGUCUCUCCUGUAAGUGGCAAAUGCAUUCCUACCCUGUCCUGACAUGCUAUGACCUCAUGUGCGGGGGGGGGAGAGAGGGAAGCACAUACGAAACCGGCCAGAGAAAGCCUGGAGUCAGACGUUCUGAUAACGGUUGCGAUGAUCGCUAUAGGCACCACUGUUCCAAUACUUUAAAAUCUUCUCCUUCUGUAAAUGUUCGCUAUAAUUUCAAAGUCAGUAUUCAACUGGCUGUUAUUUUUAAGUUGCCAAAUUUGGCAGGUUUGCUGCUCUAAAAAUGAACCUUAACAACUUUACAUUUAUCAAUAACACUUCCCCCAGAUUUUUAUUUGUUCUAGUAAGAGCUUUUAUUUUUCUUUCCACUUCUUUGACAAAUACUACCCAUUUGAAAAUUAAAACUACUGUUUUGUUUUUAAGAUAAGACCUCAUGAAGUCAGGCUGGCCUCAAAUUCCCUACGUCACCAAGGAUGGCUUUGAACUCCUGAUCUUCCUGCCUCUGCCUCCUGAGUUCAGGGCCUCUUGGUGUGUGCACCAUGCCUGGCUAAUCCCACUAUUUUUUAAAGUAAUUUUUAAAUUUAGUUUUGAUAAAAUACCAAUUUUAAAGCUUUGUCUUGUCUUUUAUCUAAAGUACUAAUGUGUGCCAAUAAGAGAAGAGUAAGAACAUUAAUAUUAUCUCUAUAAUCUUUCAAGCUAAAAUUUUAAGCAAUUUGAGCAUUUUGAUUUAAAUGUUAUCAAAAGUAUUGCCAUAAUGCGUACUUCUUCUGGGACUUUCACAGUAUCCUCUUGUAGAAGGAAAAUGCAUUUUAUUCCCUGAACUGAAAAAGUGUAGUCAGAAAUUUAAAAUUCUAGCAUCCUACCUUUAGUCUUUAAUGUGUCCCUGUCUAAAAACACCAGAUGUUGCUUAGUCCACUAAGGCCUUUAAAAAAAAAAAAUGGCAUGAAUGAGAUAGCCCACGGGCAAGAGGAAGUCUUCCUUACAGUGAGUAAGAAGUAAGAGUAAGUGCUAGAUCAAGGCAGCACACUCAGCAUCCGGUAAGGCCUCGGUUCAGGUUCACAGAUGGUGCCGCACCCACGAGAGGGAAGGGCUCUGUCUCUUCACCCUUUGAAGGGCAAAUCCCAUUUCAACACCUCUUCUCUCAGGAGACACUCUUCUCCAGGGUCACCACGCCAGAACAUAACACCUUCAGAUAAAGCUUUACCUUCAGAUAAUUUGCACAGCCUUUGAACUACUACUUGAUUAAUAGGUAUCAGUGAUGGUUUAACUUAUUCUAAACGUUGUUUAUCUCAUAGUGUUUCAUAUACAAGAGCCACCUAGAAAAUUAUUUAUGGGGUUAGUGCCCUGACCCUUUUAAUGUAGCAAAUGCAUAAUUUAAAAAAAAAAAAAAACUUGCAUGGAAGCCUAGUGUAUUUAAAAAGAAAUGAUACUUAGUUAUGUUAUGAUCAUGGAAAUAGGAUAUUUUAGGCAGAAAAACAUCACUAUAAAACUUAGGGGGAUAAAAGACAUGCCCAACUGUAACUAUGCCUAGGAGUGUGCAAAAACAUCUGUUCCAGCAGCCUCUGGUGACGCCAGACAGAAUUCACAUGCCUGCGAGCAACUCGAAUUCAAGUGCAGGAGUUUGUUUUGUUUGUGAGUGAACCACAUUGAGUCUGCUCUUCUGUUUGCGCAGAUGGUGGGAUCUGAAACAUUAUUUUCCAUGGGAGGAUCUAAAAGAAAACCAUAGGUCAGAGUGAUUUGCUGUUUCAGAUGACUGAGGCCUUCAAGGGAUGUUUCUAGAAUUAAUUCUAGGGUUAAGGAUAAGCUAAUUUUAUCAGAUGGACAUAUUUGUAUGUUCCUUUCUCACUGACAGCACGUUUCUCAAUAAAAUACUUAUUUUAACUGG